AUGAUACCACAGAUAGCGGCGAUCCGAAAGAAACUGCUGAUAGUCGGAGACGGCGCAUGCGGUAAGACGUGUCUCGUGAUCGUCUUCAGCAAGCAUCAGUUCCCCGAGGUCUACUUGCGCACCGUCUUCAAAAACUACGUAGCCCACAUCGAAGUCGAUGAAAAGCAGCUUGAGCUGGCCUUAUGGGGCACAGCGAAGCAGGAGGACUAUGACCGAGUGCGGCACACAGACGUGAUCCUCAUGUGUUUCAGCAUCGACUCCCCGGACUCUCUUGAGAUCAUUCCGGAGAAGUUGACGCCGGAGGUGCGCCACUUCUGCCCCAACAUGCCCAUCAUACUCGUGGGGAACAAGAAGAACCUCCGAAGUGACCCGCACACGUUGCGGGAGCUUGCGAAGAUGAAGCAGAAGCCCGUCGCACCGGAGGAAGGGCGCACCAUGGCGGAAAAAAUCAACGCCUACGGCUACCUGGAGUGCUCUGCCAAGACCAAGGACGGUGUGCGUGAGAGGUUUGAGACUAAAGCGAGGGCCGCCCUGCAGGUCAAGAGGCCGAAGAAAGCAAAGUGCGUUCUGCUCUAGAGUUAAAAACCUUUUUUCCGUUCC